AUGAGUCCCUCUUCCAAGAUAGCCAUCUUGAUUAUUAUGAUCACACUGCUCCUGUGUGCCUUAGCCUACUACGCUCGCAGUCAAAUUCACGCAUUCGCCAAGGCUCUUGCCCAGCAUCGAGCUCAAAGUAAGGAACGCGAGGGUAGCGACACAGUCGCCACGUCAAUUAAGACGUGGCUUGACCCCCUUGUUCUGGCCCAAGAAAACGUCUCCAUGUCGCGCACCAGCCACACCAAAUCUAUCUCCACCAAAAUUUCCAUCCUUCGCAGCUCUCGAUCGACUGACAUCCCAAUCGCCAGGACUUCCCGCUGUUCCGCGAAACCAAGCCAUUUCUCGAAAAUGGCGACCAGACGCGCCCUCCGCACGCCAUUGAGCGUACGAUCCAUUUCCACACCAUUUGCUUCCUCUCAAUAUCUGCCCCGCCCUUUCGCAAUCGCCUGUCGAUCCAUCAAUACCGGCUCCGCAGAGCGCCCCAAGACAACACACUUUGGCUAUGAGACUGUUCUUGAAUCCGAGAAGGCUGAGCGUGUCGCCGGUGUCUUCCAUAAUGUUGCCGACUCUUACGAUCGUAUGAACGAUCUCAUGUCCUUUGGCUGGCAUAGAAUAUGGAAGGACCACUUCGUCUCCUCCCUUCAGCCGGGCCUCUCGGCCUCUAACCCCCCAGCUCCCCAGCACAUUCUAGACAUCGCCGGUGGAACCGGUGACAUCGCUUUCCGCAUGCUUCAUACUGCACACAACGUUAACAAGAACCCCGACGUUCGCGUUACAAUCUCUGACAUCAACGCCUCCAUGUUGGCUGUUGGUCGCGACCGCUCCAAGGCGCUCCCAGCGUCCCAGCAGGCCGCCAUUUCUUGGCUUGAGGCCAAUGCCGAGAAGCUCCCUGAAGGCGCCAUCGCCGACAACUCAAUCGACCUGUACACUGUCUCGUUCGGUAUCCGCAACUUCACCAAUAUCCCCGCUGCCCUGCGCGAGGCCUACCGCGUCCUUAAGCCUGGCGGCGUCUUCGCCUGCCUCGAGUUCAGCAAAGCCGACCAAUACCCUCUCUUCAACGCCGUUUACAAGCGCUGGUCCUUCAGCGGCAUUCCUCUCAUCGGCCAGCUCGUCGCCGGCGACAGAGACAGCUACCAGUACCUCGUUGAGAGCAUCGAGCGAUUCCCUAGCCAGACGGAGUUCCGGGACAUGAUUAAAGACGCCGGGUUUGUGGUUGCUGGCGAGGGUUAUGAGAACUUGACGGGCGGUGUUGCAGCCAUCCAUAAGGGCAUGAAGCCCAUCGCCCCAAAGGGGGACUCGUGA